UAAUAAGAAUUAUAAUAUAAGGCUUUGUUCACAAGAAUUAUAGCCAAUACAAUUCCAAGAAUAUUUUGAAGAAUUCCAUUUUGAAUAUCAAAUUUCUGAAAUUACACGCAAUUAUGAAGUCUUCUGAUACCUCUCCACAGCACGAUGACUAUUUACUACACAAAAGCAUUUCUGUUGAUGGCUAUACUUACACCAACACAGAUAAAGAAAUUACCGCGAAGGGCACAGGAAAAAGCAGCAAUUUUACACAUAGGAUUCAUAACCAUGUAAAAAUGGGUCCUAAUCUGUCUGAGAUUCUGAAGGGUAAGUUGAGUUUGGGGGCAAGGAUUAUACAAGAAGGAGGAAGAGGGAACAUCUUCAAGAGUGUUUUUGGGAUGCAAGAAAAAGAGCAAUUGUUGAAGGCCUCUCAGUGUUAUUUAUAUACCACAGCUGGUCCUAUUGCUGGAAUUCUCUUUGUCUCAACUGCAAAGGUUGCAUUUUACAGUGAAAGGCCCAUAACCUUCUCUUCUGUGACAGGAGAGUUAGUCAGGGCACCUUACAAGGUUUUGAUACCAAUAGGGAGAAUAAAAGAGGUCAAUGAAAGCCAGAAUGUGAACAAGGCAGAACAGAAGUAUAUAGAGAUAGUGACUGAGGAUGAUUCUGAAUUUUGGUUUGUGGGGUUUUUGCGGUAUGAGAAAGCUCUCAAGCAUCUCAAUAAGGCUAUUUCCAUGGCCAAUAAAUUCUGAAAGGAGAAAAUUAUCGUUAAGUUCCUAGAUAUUUUGAGAUAUUAAUGUGAAUAUUGAGAUGUCUUGCAAUGUGAGGUUCUAAGUUUUUGCUUGUUGCCUGUCCUGCAAUAGUUUCAUCCCUUAUCUCUUGGGGAUUAACAGCUUCUAGUGACUUAGCUACAUGCCACAGAAAAAGACAUCAGUGUUGUCCAUCGUGGGAGUGGGUGAAUGCAACAUGGCAUAGAACCGUGUCAAAUAGGGACCAAAUGUAGAAAAUCAGAAUACAACAGCUAGUCGUUAAUGAAGGCCAAGCACAUGUAAUGCUAAAUGUAGUGCUAUUGCAAAUAUAUAUAUAUAUAAUUUUUUUUGUCAGAUUCUUAAUAGAUGUUUUUUUAUGAAUAUUACUUAGAACUAGAAGCGAAUAUUUUUGUAAUUAAAGUCUUGUCACUGUACAUGUAAUGGAAUAGAUUUGGAUUUUGAUA